UGGGUUCUUAAUUUAACACUACCACAUCGCAAUCUGCCCUCGUAGAUCGUCCCUCUCUCUCGGUAGGAAGGAGCCUGGUUCUCAUGUGUCAUGGGUUGCUUCUUGGUAAUAUUCAACGAAUUUCAAUUCCCAUCUAUCCGCUAUAGUCACCUCAAUCUCUACCAAACCCUAUCACACAGCCCCCAUAUGGCAUCAGGUUGGUGUCUAAUCACACGUUUAUUCACGCAUAUCUUCUGAGUCCUCCUUCUCGUGGCUCGAAGUACGGUAUGAACGCGUGAAAUCGCCUUGUCAAUACCCAGUGUAAUGGAGUCUGACUAUCCAUUUUCUCGGCAGUCUGCUGCUAAAAUGUGAAAUUUCAAGACUUCAGGUUUUCCUCCUGUCCUUCCGUAGCAAUCAUGUUGCAGUUACCUAACCUACGCGUUUCUGAUAACACCCAGCUCGUCUUCGGUGCUGCCGCUUGUCUUGGGGUACUAGGAAUGAUCAUUGAGGCUUACCUUUCUAAAUCAGAGAGUGGUCUUCCUCUUCCACCUUCCCCUCCUACUUGGAGACUUCGGGGCCACUUCAUACCCCCUCGCAACCCAUGGCUCACUGUAGCGGGAUGGAUUGACCAGUACGGACCUCUCAUCACCAUUCGCUCAGGAACCGGGAAAAUUGUUAUUAUCGGCCGUCAUAACGCCGCAGUGGAUAUCAUGGAGAAGCAGGGCGCCUCGCUAGCCGAUCGUCCUCGCUUCGUUGCUGCCGGAGAAAUGCUUUUUGGCGGGCUGUCCAUCGUCUUUACACCUGCUGGAAGCAGGUUGCGUCGGAUGCGUAGAGCACUUCAUUCAAUUCUCCAGCCUAAAGUAGCUGAGGAAUACGAGCCCCUACAGAUGUCAUAUGCGAAGAACACCGUCCUCGACAUUCUUAAAGAUCCAUACAACUUUCAGAACCAUGCAGCAAGUUAUGCUGCGACGACGGUUACGAAAAUUGCAUAUGGGAAGACCACACCAACAUAUGCGACUGAUUCCGAAGUCAUACAAAUUCGUGCGCACCUCCGCGUACUUCGUGCAACCGCACGCCCUGGUGCUUACCUGGUGGAAUCAAUUCCGUGGCUCAAAUAUCUUCCUUGGUAUGGCCAGGAAUUGAAACGGGGGUUUCCCAUGAUCCGGCAGCUCUACACUGGUCAGCUGAACCGCGUCAAACAACAAAUACAGAACAAUUUGGACGUCGGUCCUUCGUUCGUAAAAUACAUGCUAGAAAACGUCCAAGUCCACGAGUUGACAGAGACGGAGAUGGCUUUUCUUGCUGGCACCUUCGUUACAGCUGGAACUGAAACGACUAGUAUGGCGAUAUGCACGGUGCUCAUGGCAGCCGCAUGUUUUCCCGAGGAGCAAGCAAAAGUCCAGGCCGAGCUUGACGCGAUCGUAGGAAGGCACCGAGCACCGACCUUCGCUGAGUAUCGAUCUCUUCCUCGUCUGCACGCCUUCAUGUCUGAGGCUUUGAGAUGGAGACCGCUGGCUCCCAGUGGAGUGGCUCACAGGACGACUCAGGAUGUGAUUUGGGGAUCCUAUUGUAUUCCAGCUGGGACUACGGUGGUCGCGGAUCAUUGGUCCAUCUCUCGAGACUCAGACGUCUUCCCCGAGCCUGAGGUAUUCAAGCCUGAGCGCUGGAUUAACGACCAAGGUCGUGUUAGGGACGAUCUGAAAUUCUUCGUCUAUGGGUUUGGUCGGCGUGUUUGCCCCGGUCAAGAAGUCGCGAACAGAUCUCUGUUCAUAAACUCGCUCCUUGUUCUUUGGGCCUUCCAGAUGACUCUGGAUCCUACGAAACCAUUGAAUGACAUGGGGUUCAUGAGCGGGGCGAUGGGAGCUAUCCGACCAUGCGCUAUUGAGUUUAAGACGAGGAUUCCAGACACGGAACUCAGGCGCAUGAUGCAGAAUUAUCCUGAGUUUGCCUGAGACUAGUUCUCUCUACCUCUCGCAGUAUCGCAUCACAAGUUCGAUCCUA